CCUGCGCCUAGCGCGCGCCACCCUGCUGCCGCGGCCGCGUUCGGCCCGAUUUCUCGGCGGCCGGGCCGCCCGCGGGAUCGGACUAAAUUGGCCCGCAAGCCUCGGGCACGUGAAUGCGCGUCGAUGCGCGUCGAUGCGCGUCGAUGCGCGUCGAUACGCGCGGAUCGGCAAUCGGGGGGGCAGCCGGCUAUAUUUGUUCCGACUCGCCGAAAAGCCAAUCGGCCGGGCAGCCCGCACUCGCGCCGCUCGUCCGAUCCGAUCGAGAUCAGCCGAACCCGCGAGCAGCCGCUAAGCGCACACGCACGAUCGACGACAUGGCAUCGGCCGACCCCUUGGCACUAGAGCCGCUGGUCUCCGUGGAGUUCGAGGUUUUCGGGCGAGUGCAAGCUUGCUCCUUCACGAGGUACGUGCGGGACCUGUGCCAGCAGCUCGGCAUCGUCGGUUGGGUGAAGAACACCAGGGCCGGCACGAUCCUCGGCAAGAUGCAGGGGCCGCAGGCGCUCGUCGACCAGAUGGCUAAUUGGCUGUCUACCGUUGGAAGCCCGGACAGCAACAUUCACCACUGCGAAUUCCGAGAUUUGUGCUCCGUAGCCAAGCCAGGCUACAAAGGCUUUCAAGUUCGCUUCUGACCCGACCAUCUCGACUCGAGUUCCCUUCCAUCGUCCGACCAUCUGCGAUCCUCGGCGACGACAACGCUCAUUCGACUCUGUAACUUUGUCUAUGUUCAGAACCGUCAACCAGUUUUAUUUUUAAUCGACGCCUAGCUAUGGCUGGGCUAUACGUCUAAAAACGAUAUUAUAUAUUCGGAACUCGUCAGCUUGCAUUUGUUACUUGCUUGACUUGUUCUUUUGUGAAACACCCAAUUCAUUAUUGCGUUUGACUAAUUUUACCAAUAAAUAA